GUUUGCCGCCCGUACCGCGAUCCCUGGAUAUAUGGGUUCAAUUCCGUAACAGUAGAACUUACCCAGCAACGCAUACAGCGACGAAACGGUCAACCUACACAAGCGUGCCCUUUGUAAGGAGGGGUUGCUUGCGCUUAGAAAAGGAUGUGAAGGGAAAAAGGUGUAGGCCAAGUCGCACGCAUACUAAGACAGUUGCUUGCUUUGCGGUUGGCAGGCCGGUCCCCGGGCCCAGGGCCAAGCGGUCGCGGUUGAGGAAAACCAGUGCGCGGUAUCUCCUUGCCUGGGAAUCUCGCCCGAGAUGAUUCAUACUAUGUGCCCUGUGCCCUACUUGAACUUCGUGUAUCGUUCGACGAACGUUGCCAGACGCACACACUCGUGCACGAGAGUGCAAAACUUGCGCGGGUUCGCUACUCACAUGCGGGUGCGUGCUCUCUCCCUAGCUAAGGGCUUAUGCUCGUCGAGAGAGAGAGCAUAUUCUUGGUUUCGGUAUGUUUUGGUGCUUUGUUUUGCUCGUUCGGUAGUAUGCUAGUAACAAACAACCGCGUGGGUGAUAUACGGUGGGAGAACAUGUUUUAUGCAGAGCGCAAGCAGAAGAGCAAGAGAGAUUCGUAGUAAGUAGAUUUUUAUUGUGAGAAAAAGCAUAGAAAACCGAGGGGUCCAACGAUGCAUUUUUUAGCUUCAUUACUGUUUUUCGGUUGUUGUUUUUUUAAUAGGAAAAAAAGUAGAAAACAUUAUUUUUUCCUAAUUUAUGUAAAUAUUUUCAGAUAGUAAUUUGCUAGUUAUUGAACAUAACAGAGUUAAGUAAAUAUCAACCAGAUCUACCAGACUUGCUCAAAAAUGUCAUCCUAUAUUAUUCGACCAAGAACAACAAACACGACCUUUUUUUGCGACACAAUUCCAUUUCACAAAACACACGGCUCAAGAAUUAAUUCCGAGGCCUACCGAUGUUCUCCAUUCACUUAGCACGCGGAAACGCACACUCUUACUUUCUUAACAACCCCUUAAAAACAAAAAAACCCACCCCAGGUUCUCCGGUUCGCUCGAGUCUCUCUCAAACAGUCCGAGCGCGUGCAGCAGCAGCAACAUCAACCCUGCUCUAGUAUUGGUACCAAGGCGUCGGCGGACGUGUGUGGGCCUUCCCCUAGCUAAACGGCAGCGUCAGUUUACCGGAGCCAUGCUGAGAGCGCACCGAGACUUACUCACUCAGUUCAAUCUUGGUCUUGCUGCAGCUUCGAUCGCGUCCGCGCGUCCGUAAAACGUUCGACAAAGGCUUCUAUCGCUAUCGUGCAACAAAAAAUAAAAAAAAAAACGGCGGAACUUCGCGCUCAGCUAGCGUUCGAGUCUUCGGGGUCUCCUUUCGAGCUGGAAAGUGCAACGAAGGUGUGUUGUGGCGUACUAAGUGUGUUCUCCGUUUAGAGUGGUUCUAGAAUUCUGAACACCUUUCGGUGUCGGUGGCAGUGCGUUUUGGUGGCACAGCUGCACACAAGUCCCGAUACAUAGUGCUCCACAUAUUACCCGCUGCCAGUGUGAGAUCAUCUCGGGGACACGCACUAAGGCAAAGAAAGAAAAAAAAACAAACACGAAUUUACCACAGCCGCUCCAAGUUCCAGCAAACUUGUUGAUCAGUUCCUUGAUUGGGUGAAUAACGCUGAAAACACACCCAUUAGUGUCUAGCGUGUGCUGUCGCCUACAUCUGGCCAAUUUAAUUCGGUGUCUGCUUGCGUGUGUCUUUGGUGAAGUUCACCAUCGGUACGGUACACGCCAACGGGACACAGCGUCAUUACGUCAUUGGCUUUGAUCGUGGUGGUGGUCGUCGAUUUUUCGACAUACAAAGUGAACUUGCGGUGAUUAAUUGGAAUCUAGUCCAGGCAGGAAUUACCCUACGCAAACGGUGGUCCGCUGUUUCGGAAACGAUUGAAAAUCAAUCCACACUCCAAGGGUGUGCGUCAUACCUGACCUAGACUGUACUUUGGUGGUGGAUGGUGAAACAGCUUUUUGCAAAAUUCCAAAAAAGUUUUUGGCUGCGAACUUUACCACCUUACGAGAGUGUCUUCCGGAUGUCUACCCUUGUUUUUGGAUAGCCUUUCGUGUGCACUUUAAAUGGUGCGAAAUUAAAGCAUAAAUACUUCUGGUGUGAAGUGAAUUUUAAAUUGAAGAAAAUUAGUGAAGCGUUCCUGUCGGGCAAUAUAAAUUCAAUCAUUUGUUACGAUUGGUCACGGCUAAAAGGUUGCAACAAAAUCAUUUGUGCAUUGCUGAUAUCCCAGCUAUUAAUUUUAUGUGCUUCUAUUGUUCUAUGUGUGUGUGUGUAGCUGGAAUUUGUGUGUGAGUGAUGUGCGUUUCCGUAACAAGUGCGUAAGGCCUUUGGAGUGCGUUCCUGUUUUAUUUGUAUGUGUGAGAAGCCGCACGCGCGCCAUACAACGCGAAAGGAGGGUGACUUGUGUGUCGCAAGUGUCGUCCCGUGGUAUAAUCCUCAACGGUAGGAGUCAUUACGGUGGCGAGCGGGGCACAGUCAAACCAUUUCCGUGAUUUCGUAAUACUUCCCAUUUUGCAAUCAGUGGACGUAAUACAGCGCAUCCGCCCCCUAUCGACGGUGGUGUAGCUCUAAAAAGCCGGUCAAAAGGGUGUAGUAGCACAUGUCCUGCCCGUCACUAGAACCGUGUGCGUACGUGUGUUAAAGUUCCAACGCAAGUGCUGGCGGGUUGGUUUCCGAUUGAAGGGAAAAUUGGUUUUCCCCUUGGUCUGUUGGUGUUUUGCUAUGGUUCAAGAGCGCUACGGUGAGGGCAAAGUUAACGUUGCAACGUAGGAGAAGAAAACGAAAAGGGGUUCGUACUGAAUAUUACCGUGGCCAGUCAUUGCGAACGCGAGUUUCCCCUCUGCAUAGUAGUAGCGACCGUAGCAGCAUUUUGUCACACCACCAUCCGUUGGAUCCGUCCACAAUAAUCCGCCAGAAUUGAGCCGCCUAUGUACAUCAAGAAGGAUCCGAGAAAGGAAGGAGUAACCAUGCGCGAGAAAAAAGGAGGUGCUUUGCAGAAGAUAAAAAAGCGAUUAUCGCACAGCUUCGGCCGAUUAUCGAUAUCGCGCGAAGAAAGCGACGAAUCAACGCAACAAAAUAAUCACCAUCACCAUCCGCAUCAUCACCAUCAUCACCACGGACAUGGUCACAAUCGUGGCGGUAAAGUGCCCUUCAACGGUUACACAUCCGAGGAGUACCUCGACCGACUGGAACCAAACGGCAACAUCCCGGCCGAUAAGUCUUACAGCAAACAUUGGAACAGAGUAAGCGAUCACGAACGCGUCCAUCGGCAGCUAUCGGUUUCGUCCGACAGCAAGCUGCUAGACGACGACAUCCGGGAGGAAACACGUGUGAUAAUGCGACCUAAGAAGCCACCCCGGCCAAAAUCCGAAGUGUUCUUGAACAAGCAUGACCCGCACCCGAGACGAAAAAGGUUUAGCGCAUUCGGGGGUGACUCGCCAUUCGGCAAAUCAGAUGCUUACAUUAAACUAGAGCAACUCGGUGAAGGAUCCUACGCAACGGUAUUUAAGGGUUAUAGCAAUUUAACAAAUCAAGUGGUAGCAUUAAAGGAAAUCAGGUUACAGGAAGAGGAAGGUGCACCGUUCACGGCCAUACGCGAAGCAUCCCUGCUGAAGGAACUGAAACAUUCGAACAUCGUGACCCUGCACGACAUCGUGCACACGCGCGAAACGCUCACGUUCGUCUUCGAGUUUGUGAAUACGGACCUGUCGCAGUACAUGGAACGACAUCCGGGUGGGCUCGAUCAUCGAAACGUGCGACUGUUCCUGUUCCAGCUGUUGCGAGGGCUUUCCUAUUGCCAUAAGCGAAGGGUGCUGCAUCGCGAUGUGAAACCUCAAAAUCUCCUCAUCAGCGAGAUGGGUGAGCUAAAGCUGGCCGAUUUCGGUCUAGCCCGUGCUAAGAGUGUUCCAAGUCAUACGUACUCGCACGAAGUCGUCACACUAUGGUACCGGCCUCCAGAUGUGCUGCUCGGUAGCACUGAGUACUCCACCUCACUCGACAUCUGGGGUGUGGGAUGCAUCUUUGUGGAGAUGAUCACCGGGAUGCCGACCUUCCCCGGCAUUCGCGAUACCUAUGAUCAGCUGGAUAAGAUCUUCAAAAUUCUCGGCACACCGACGGAGGAUACGUGGCCAGGGGUAACGCAUUUACCGGGGUAUAAGCUACAAAUGCUAGGCUUUUUCAAACCCCGCAAAUUGGGACUGAGCUUUCCCCGGUUGUACGACAUCAACGAGGGCGAAACGAUGGCGACCUCGUUCCUGCAGCUUAAUCCGGACAACCGGAUAAGCGCGGAUGAGGCGCUACGCCAUCGAUAUUUCGCGUCGUUGCCAAAAAAGCUAUACGAACUGCCGGAUGAACUAUCCAUCUUCACCGUGGAAGGUAUUUACUUGCAUCCGGAACCGAACCGCCACCAUGGGCACCGAGCAUGAGAGUUAAGACAAAGUAAAACCCUAGAUGCAAUACGUUAUUAUUGUUAGUAGUUAAUGUGAUUACCUGCGUCGCUGGUUAGCAGAAGACGCAGUGGAAGAAGAUGAAUUACACAAAAAAAACACCCACACACCCACACACACCAUCCACAAAACCGGGCGUGCUUAAGGGCAGUCAAUACAGUGCCACGGAUAGGCACUAUCCAGCCUUUUUUGGGGGUGGUGAGGAAGGAUGUGUGGAGUAUUUCAGCAAAUGGUUGAGAGAAAUGAAAGCCACGAAGGCCAAAAGUCUUAGCAAAUACUGCGAUACAUGAAAUGUAGGUCGUGUCCGCAUCGUAGAACAGAAAUGGGGUAAAACAAAAGAGCGAGAGAGAGAGGAACAGAUGCCAUGCCGGAACAUAGUGAAAGUGAAAUCAAAAAAGUAGAUAUCCUCAAAUUGUUGCAUUUGCUAAACGGUGCAAAAAAGGCAGACGAGAAAAAAGAAACUGAUAGCCUCUCACUAGCAACGGUGGAAUGAGAAAAACAAAGAAGGAGAAAAGAAGCGCCACGCAAACAAUUGCUGUCCUCGGGAACCAAAGUGAAGCUAAAGGAUGUGAUCAAAUUUCAUUCAUACACCCGUAACAUCGCAAAUUGAUGUUUCACCUUUUGCCAAUGCAUGUGGUUUUUUUUUUUGGUUCAUCCCGUCCUAUUGCUAUUGAACACAGGGCAUAGUGGCAGAGAGGAAGCCGAAUUCGUAUGUAUUUGUUUUGUUUUGCGAGUGUCUAUAAAUUGCAGCAAAACGUAAAGUGGUUUAAUUGCAACAGUUAUUUUAAAAACCAAUUUAGUUUA